AGGAUCCGGCCCCAGUUGGCCCGCGAGGUGAUCGACAUGUGCAGGGUGUGCACGGUGGUGACUCCCGGGGAGCCGCAGGUCACCAUCGGGGCCGACAAGUCCUUCACUUACGACUUCGUCUUCGACACAGAGUCCGACCAGGGAUCCGUGUUCCAGACGACCGUGGCCCCGCUGGUCAACGGCUCUCUCCAGGGGUACAACGCCACUGUCCUCGCCUACGGUCAGACAGGCAGUGGAAAGACAUUUACGAUGGGGACUGGCUUCGAGGUGGACACCAAUGCAGACCAGUUAGGGAUCAUUCCGCGAGCUAUACAUAUGCUGUUCGAAGGGAUAACCAAUCUCUCAACGGAAGCGCACGAACUUAACCAACCUGAACCUCAAUUCAAAGUUACCGCACAGUUUUUAGAACUUUACAAUGAAGAAAUUUUUGAUCUGUUUGACGCAUCUAAUGAGUUCAAGGUUAAAAGUGGUAUUAAAAUUCAUGAAGACUCAGAACAUUCGAUAUAUGUGACCGGCGUUCGUAGCGAAAGGGUAAAUUCGGCGGAAGAGGCGCUCUCUUUACUGCGGAAAGGAGCUCUUUCUCGUACGACAGCUGCGACUCAAAUGAACUGUCAGUCCUCCAGGAGCCAUGCUAUUUUUACUCUUCAUAUAAAGCAACAGAGGGUUGUCAAAGUUGAAGAAGAUGAUGAAGAAGAGAGGGGAGGUCAAGAAUUUGAAACAUUAACAGCCAAGUUUCAUUUCGUCGAUUUAGCCGGUUCAGAACGCUUGAAACGAACUGGAGCGACAGGAGAGAGGGCCAAAGAAGGCAUCGCUAUUAAUUGCGGACUUUUAGCUUUAGGAAAUGUUAUAUCGGCUCUUGGCGAUCGUACAAAGCGUGCUCUACAUGUACCUUAUAGAGAUUCGAAGCUCACAAGAUUACUUCAAGAUUCAUUAGGAGGCAACAGCAGGACUUUGAUGAUUGCAUGUGUUUCUCCAAGUGAUAGAGAUUUUAUGGAAACUUUAAAUACUUUGAAAUAUGCCAACAGAGCUCGAAAUAUACAAAAUAGAGUUGUAAUUAAUCAAGAUAAAUCUUCGAGGACUAUAUCUUUAUUAAAAAAAGAAAUACAACAACUUCAGUUAGAGUUGCUUGAGUACAAACAGGGUAAAAGAAUCAUUGGUGAGGAUGGAAACGAAUCGGUGAAUGAUAUGUUUCAUGAAAACAAGCUUUUACAAUCCGAAGUAGAUACUCUACGGUCGAGGGUGAAAGGACUACAAGAGGUGAUAGAUUCUCUCACGGCUCGUAAUACGGAAUUGUUGGCCGAAAGAGAGAUGGCAAAUUGGUCUCUUCAGUCAGAUAGCAAUAAGGACGAAAUGUGUCAAAUGGUAAAAGGUUACCUCAGCGAAAUAGAAACCCUGCGUGCUAAAUUAGUUGAAUCUGAAGUGAUUGUUGUGCAGUUAAGAAAAGACAUGUCGAGAGUAUCAAAAAUGAAAGUUUCUCCCAGGACUGAUAAUUCAUCACUCUCUGAAUCUGGAAUCGAAGAAGUCCUUGACAUAGCCAAGAGAGAUGUAGAAAAAGAUUUAGAAUCAAUUAAAGCUUCAAAACAUUCCGCCCAAGGUUCAGAUUUAUCUGGUUCGGAAUCUGACAGUAGCUCAAGUGAAACUGAAGAAGAAGCUGGAAAGUAUAGUGAAGAUUUAGCAGAACUAACGUCUGAAAUUAGUGUAAAGCAGAGACUGAUAGAAGCAUUAGAAAAUACUAAUAAGCGCUUAAACUUGAUGAAACAACAGUAUGAAGAAAAAUUAUUGCAAUUGCAAGCUAGAAUCAAUGCUACUGAAAAAGAAAGAGAUACAGUUCUUGCAUCAUAUUCCAACAUUGAAAGCAAACAACCUUCAGAUAAAAUGAAAAAAAUCAAAGAUGAAUAUGAAAAAAAGUUGUCAGGCAUGCAGAAAGAAAUGAAAUCUUUGUUAUCCGCUAAAAGAGAGCAUGCCAAACUUUUACGCAAUCAGUCUCAAUAUGAAAAUCAAAUACGGCAACUCACCUGCGAAGUUCAAGAUAUGAAAAGGACUAAGGUAAAAUUAAUGAAAAAAAUCCGUGAAGAAGCAGUAAAGUAUAAAGAAGUGGAAACGAGAAGGAAUCGUGAAAUUGCUCAAUUGAAAAAAAAGACGAGGCAAGAUGCCAACAUGAUAAAGACAUUGGAGGCUGAAAAGAAGGCUAAAGCUAUCGUUUUGAAGAGGAAACAAGAGGAAGUAUCAGCGCUGAGGAAGGCAGCGCAGAGCAGGAAGAUGGGCAGGAGGCAUGGCCAGUCGUCGCAGGCCAAGCACCACUGGAUCUCUUUGGAGAAGAAUAUUGCUGAAAUGGCAAUGAGCCGACAGUCCGCCAUCUCCCUUGAAAAGGAAAUGGAAAAGAAAAUUGAAGUUCGAACUGAACUACAGGAAGAAUUAAACAGUAAGCUUGCAAUGCUUAACGACCCUAGGUUUUCUAACUCUUCAGUAAUCAAAGAGGAAGUUGACUCAGUCAAGGCAAAUCUGGAACAUAUUCAGUCAGCUAUAUCCGAUCUUCAGCAUGAGAUUUUGCAAGUCGAAGAGUCAAAGUCUCAAUUUGAAAGUGAAGACUUGAUAAGGAUUUUAGUGGACAUGGGCGAAGCUCCUUACAUUCUUGAGAAGCUCUAUAACAUGGCACUUCACCAUUCUUGUCUAAACGCUGAGAAAGAUGCCACUCUGUUGGAAAUUCAGGCAGAAAAUGAGCAGUUAAAACGUGAAAGUGAAAUGCAAGAGCAGCUGCUUAAACACCUGGUCGAAGGCAAAGGCGCAGCGGCGAGUACUAUCAGUACCCCCAGCAGUAGCUCAUCAAGGUCUCCUUCCCCACAGCCUGCUGAUGUUCCCAAAAACAAAAGACGGCCUAGAAAAGCUCUUUCACCAAUGGAUCUCCUGUUUCCGACUGACUCGGCCCCUCCUAAAAAAACUUCUUCAUCUGCGGCAGCAUCACCUGAACGUCUCUGCCCUCCUCCAUUAUUAAGAAGUCUCACCACUGUUAAAGUACCAAGCUCAGCCCCUGGGUCUCCUGUGUACAUGAGGAGAGCAGUUCCUAUUUCUCCAAAGCCCUUAAGAAAAAAUACUUACGUCAUCUCUUCUGCUAAUUUUCCUUCGAUGGAGAGAGGGCUGGAGCUGGCAGGGUCACCCCCUGCUUCCCCCCCAACGUACAGGAGGCAGUCCAGUCGCGAGGAAAACGUUUUCUCACGACUCACGUCGCAGCCGCCGUCCACCACCCGCAACCCUGGCAAGAUCACAUCGUACACAUUCAGAAAAAACCAAAAGUCGCCUUUAUAUUGCACACAUGUUGUCGAAGGCCAUGCGAGGGCAGUGUUAGCUGUACAUGCAACUGAAGAUAAUCUCUUUACAGCAUCUCGUGAUCGUAGUGUACUAGUAUGGGACUUGAAGCAAAUGAGGGAAAUUGAAAUGUUUCCUGGUCACCCGAACAAUGUUGUGGCUGUGAAAUACCACCCCGAAAUGAAGUUGGUAUUUGCUGCUUCAUCUGCCUUUGUGAAAGUGUGGGAUCUUCGUUCUGCUAAAUGUAUAAGAACUUUGAGUUCUUCUGGGUUAUCUGCUAGUUGGUCGAAUCAACAAAAUAACAACGGUGAACCCCAAAUGAAUGAUAUAGCCCUCGGUGAUAGCAUUCCUAUGCUUUAUACUGCAGCGGGAGAUAAAGUGCGUGUUUGGGACCUGCGCAAGUUUAGUGUGGUUGGAAAGUUGAUUGGUGGGCACCAAGCAGCUGUAAUGUGCUUAGCAGUAGGUUCAGACACCGUAGUGACUGGAUCGAAAGACCAUUACAUAAAACUGUUUGACAUUAAUAUUGGAAGCCAGUCCUCAGUAGGCAUCGUUACCCCGAGGGUCACUUUAGACCCUCCACAUUACGAUGGCAUUCAGUGUUUGGAGUUGACGUCUGAUACCCUAUUUUCUGGAUCAAGGGAUGGUAUAAUCAAAAAGUGGAACACAAGGACACAUGAACUGUUAUAUUCUUUAAACAGUGCUCACAAAGACUGGGUCACAGGAAUGUGUCAAACUGGGGGAGGUUUGCUGGUGUCUGGCUGCAGAGACGGUACUAUUAAGGUAUGGUCACCGCACGAUUGCAGCUGCCUUGGAGAAAUCAAAGCGCACUCUUCAGCUAUCAAUGCCCUGGCAGCUAACUCAGCACAUAUAUUCACUGCAGCAAAUUCCGGUGAAGUGAUGAUGUGGAAGGAAACGCCACAGGAACAAGACAUAAUGACCAUGUCAACGGGUCAUAUUUUACAACUUUCUGUCUAA